UGUCACUUGUCACAACAAACGCGAAGGUUAUGUUUUUCACCAAAUUCCACCUCGUUCAAAAUUAACAGUUAACAAUUUCCACUCAUUCCGUCAUGACGUAGCUUCAUUCGUCCCCAAGUUUCCCCAGAAACUGUCAUGAACGAAUACGAAGUACCAAAAAAGUGUCUCAAAACCCCCACGUUCUGCUUCGUUUCGUUGCGGCGCCUCAUCGCCAUAAUCUUCGCUCUUAUCACCGGAUUAUCAAUCGUGCUACUUUGCAAACUAUACAUCAAGUUCAUACUACUAUGGCUGGAAAAUCAGGACCCUUUGGUGAUCUCAGCCACUUUGAACAUCCUGUUCAUCCUGGUGUCUCUCCCGAUCAGCAUCGGGUACAUAGUGCUGGUGGUGGCUGAGGGCUACCUCUUCGGGUUCGCCCGAGGGCUAAUCCUGACCAUAAUUGGGGCAAAUUUGGGGCUUCUGGUAGCGCACAAUAUCCUAAGACUCGUGGGGCACCACAAAUCCAUUUACAAAUACACACAAAACGACACAGCACAAGCGAUCAUGCGGCUCAUUUCGGGGCCCCUGUGCUUCAAGAUUGUCUUCUGUUCACGGCUGACCCCCAUUCCGUUCGGGCUCCAAAACACGAUAUUUGCCUUGAGUAACGUGAAUGCGAAAAUCUAUCACUUGGCCUCCCUUUUGGGGCUCAUGCCGGCGCAGGCCGUGGGGGUGUACAUCGGGACCACUCUCAGGUCCAUGCAGGAUGUUUUGGAGGAUCGGCCCGCUUCCACGGGGACUUAUAUUUUUAUUAGCGUUCAGUUGGUAGUCGUUGUUGUUUUGAUGCUUUGGUUUAGUGCCAAGGCGAGAGCCGAGCUCAUGAGGGCCUUAGCCGAGGCGGAGGCGACGGCCCCCAAAACGGCACAUUUUUCUGUUGUGUGAUAUUGUUUCAAUAAAUUAUUUUCGUAAA